AUGAUUUCUGAACUCGUUUUCGUUCUUGUUACAUUUCCUUUUUGGGUCCCGAUCCCAUUGGCCGCGUCUCAAUAUACGAGCCCAACCUUUGCCAACCUCUCAGGUCCUAGUGGCCCAAUUGUUGACCUUGGAUAUAUCAAGGCACAGGGAACUACUGUCACAUCAUUACCGCACAAAUAUAAUGCGUGGCUCGGGAUUAGAUAUGCAGACAGUCCAAUCGGGCAACAGCGCUUUGCAGCUGCAAGGCCGGUCGAGUCUACAGUACCACCAAACGUUACCUUCGACGCCACUAGUUACGGUCCUAUAUGUUAUCAAGGAUAUCCUCAAAUUGCACCGCAAUCCGUCACCGAGCCUUUAUUGCAGUUUGGGAACCGCCAGCCCAGCGAAGAUUGUCUUCUAUUGGACAUCUAUGCUCCCGCAAAGCCAGUUUCUCAAAAGCUACUUCCAGUUCUGCUUUACAUACACGGAGGGGGAUAUGACGUGGGGUCGUCCACGUCAUCCACCAUGAGUAGCAUCUUCCAGCUUGCUUACGGUGCUCCUGGUCACUUCCUUGUUGUGAAUAUUCAGUAUCGCUUAGCUGGAUUUGGUUUCCUGGGUGGAGACGAGGUUACCACGUUUGGGCAACCAAAUGCAGGACUAGCAGACCAGCGCUUAGCUAUGGAAUGGGUUCAGCGCCAUAUAUCAUCCUUCGGUGGGGACCCAUCGAAGGUUACUAUUCAAGGCCCGUCCGCUGGUGGUGGCAGUGUUGCUUACCAGUAUAUCUGGAAAGGAGGCGAGGUCAACCCCCCUUUCAGGGCAGGUAUCUCGGACGCCACGUGGUGGCAAACGCUCCAAAAUCAGACUCAGCUUGGACAGCAAUAUCAAGCAGUUCUGAGAGCGGCCAACUGCUCCGAUAUCAAAUGCUUGCGAGGCUUGCCUGCCGAGCGCUACUAUGACGCCCAGCAGGCCGUCCUAAAUGAUGCUUGGAGAUACCCUUAUGGCAUAUUCUAUUUCGGUCCCUAUGUCGAUGGCUACUAUAUCCGGAAUCUGCCGAGUUUAGAAUUACAAGCCGGUCAUUUCUCAAAACUACCUCUUAUUAUAGACCACGACACAAAUGAAGGACUUUCUUUCACACCACAAACAAUCGAUACACAUGAAGAAUUUGAAAGGAGAGUAGCAACUGUGUUCCCAGCUGCGGGCGAUAACUUUCUGAACCGUGUUUACACACUUUAUCCAGCUUCGACAACAGGGCUUUAUGGCUAUAAUACGAGUGUGGGACAACAACUACGAUCAGACUACUUCUUUGGAGAUACCAUGAUUGCCUGUCCUACCUACUAUAUUGCCAGCUCCCUCAGCGAUGCAGGUGUGCCGGUUUACAAGUAUGUAUAUGGGCUGCCAACAUUCACCACGGCCGGCCAUGGCAAAUUUUUAGAUCUUUUUGUCCCCACACCGGACAAUGAUACCUCGCCUUCAGCAAUUCUGGGAAGACAGUUUCUGAAAUAUUAUAUUCCCAACUUCAUCAUGAUGUCUAAUCCAAAUGACAACUCGUGGUUGGAUGACGACUCUAGCAACAAUACCACUCUUAGCAAUGUGGCUCAGUGGCCCGCUUAUGGCGCGCAGAGCCGGAUUCUUUUCGUUAACUCAACAACCACCCCUGUUCUUAUUACUUCUGAUUUGGAUGCCAGGGGACAAUGUGACUUCUUUUGGUCACGUUCUGUCUAA